CCUAGAGAAAUGGAAGAUGGCGCCGCGCCUUCUCGUCUCUUCGAAAUUUCCCGCCUCAAAAUAUUUCAGCUAUGAACCCUGAGAAACAUCACUCCCAGAAUCCGAAUCCAGCUACUCAGGCGCCGUCGGCGAUUACGCAUCCUUCGAUCCCGAAACCCUAGGCGUUGCCGCGAAAUGCCGACGUGGCAGAUUCAUUCCGAUGCCGGGAACACCUUCCGGUGGAAAAUGUCCGACCGAGAGCCGCCUAGCGGUGUCCUGGCUCCGCUGCCCCCUCCCGACUCUCACCGUCUUCCCUCCAUGUCCGAUCUCUUGCGUCAUCAAGGCGAAUGUCGUGGUAGAGAGAGUGGGACUGAUUUUCAGAAUGUCGUGUUCUGCAGAGACUUAGAUUAUGCAAUUGAUCAUUCAAAACCAGCUUAUCUUAAUGGCUCAAGCAAAUCAGUUAAUAUGUCAAAGUCAAUGUUUCAGACAGGGUCUGGUAAAGCAGUCACCAUAUCUCCAGCCGGGCUUGCAAGAGCCAGAAAGUUGUUGAACUUGGAAGAAACAGACACAUUUCAAGACUUUGACCAGAUGAACACACUACCAUAUUCUCAUAAUGGACCUUUUGAAUGGCAAGGUUCAUUUCCUUUGCAAAAGACUACCGAUAGGGAUAUUCCAGAUUUUUUGCACAUUGCACCUAAACCAGAUCCAAUUAAGUUUCAAACAGCUGGUGGGAGAUCAAUUUCUGUUUCUAGUGACGCAUUGAAACGUGCAAAGAGCCUUCUUGGAGAUCCAGAACUUGGCUGUUUUGUAGAUGAGAAAGAUGCAGCACCUCUGUUGUCUUCAUUUUCGGAUGACAGAAAGUCAACCUGUAACUUAUCAACAGUUAAAAAUCAGACCUGUACUCCAUCACAUCAAUCCUCAGUAAGCAGUGUAAACUCUUCUGGCAGGUUUACAUCUCCACUCAAGUCAAAUUUACAGAAAAGACAGUUCAGUGUGAAGCUUGAUAAUAUCCAUCCAGCAAACAACUUGAUCAAGCAUUUUGAUGCAGUGGCAAAUGACACUGCAAGUCAGUCUUAUAAUGCUAUUCAUCGUCAUCAAAACCAUUCACAACAGAAACCCGCUAUGUUUCCUAGAAGUUAUGCUGAAAAAAAUGCAUCCUCAACUAAUGCAUUGCUUCAAACAUCAUCAAUUGGGGUGCUAACUGAUAUCACAAACACUACUGCUUCUAGAAUUCCAGAUGGAAAGCAGAAGAUUUUUGAGAAGAGAAGACUUGGGAGGAGUUCUGUUUCUCCUUUCAAGAGGCCUCGUGCAGAAAAAUUUACUCCCCCUUUGAACAAGAACAUGCCAGUAAUUCCUAACGGCCUGUCAAAUUUGGCACCAAAAGAAUCAACCUUUAAAGGAAGAGUUUCAGACCGGUACCCCUUUGAGGUUCCACGAUUGUAUAUGAAUGAAUACCUUGGAGAGCCCCCGUGCUGCCAAAGCAAGCUAGUGAAUGUUGGAGAUCAGGUGAGAAGAAUGAAUCCUGAAACCGCUGAAACUUACGUGUUCCAUGACGAACUUGGCUUGGCUGAUGUUGGAGUUGAUUCAUUUUUUCUCAUGCUAUCUCAAUUUGGAGCUUCACAGCAAUACCUUUCUAAAGCGUGGGUUGCAAAUCACUACAAGUGGGUUGUUUGGAAACUCGCAUCUUAUGAAAGAUGCUAUCCUGCCAAAUUUUCUAGGAAACUCCUUACAGCUUCUAAUGUGCUGGAAGAGUUAAAGUAUAGAUAUGAGCGGGAAGUAAAUUAUGGUCAUCGGUCUGCAAUUAAAAGAGUUCUAGAAGGUGAUGCACCAUCUUCUUUGAUGAUGGUGUUGUGCAUUUCUUCCAUCUGCAAAGCUAGUAGUGGAUAUCAAGAUCAACCUAAUUCAUCAGUUGGGACAAAUAUAGCAUCUACUUCAAAAAUAGAGCUAACUGAUGGGUGGUAUUCAAUUACCACUAUUUUAGACGGAGAGCUGUCCAAGAAGUUAGAUGCCAAAAAACUAUUUUUAGGCCAAAAGCUCAGGAUUUGGGGAGCUGGCAUAUGUGGCUGGGUGGGGCCUGUUUCACCUCUUGAGGUCUCAAAGGAAACUAGUUUAGUACUGCAUAUAAAUGGGACAUACCGAGCACAUUGGGCAGACCGUUUAGGAUUUUGCAAGGGUAGAGGUAUUCCAUUAGCAUUUAAUUGCAUCAAUGGCGCAGGAGGUGCUGUUCCUAUCACAUUGGUUGGAGUUUCAAAGAUAUACCCUGUUCUGUACAGAGAAAGAUUAAGUAAUGGAGGAUACUUGGUAAGGAAUGAAAAGAUGGAAGCUAAGGCGAUAGAGCAAUAUAACCAAAGGAGGUCUAUUGUUGCGGAGGGAGUAGCAACUGAAUUUCAAAAGGCAAGUAUGGACAUCAUUAUUGGCAAUGAUUAUGAAAGCGAAGAAGGGGCAAAACUCUUAAAAAUACUGGAGACAUCAGCUGAACCUGACAUACUUAUGGCAGAAAUGACUUUGGACCAGCUUAACUCAUUUUCUUCAUAUCAAGCUAAAUUGGAGGCCAAGAAGCAGUCUCAUUUGCGAAAAUCUCUUGACACAGCUCUGGAAGCUUCUGGUCUGAAAACAAGGGAUGUUACUCCAUUUAUGCGAGUUAGAGUUGUUGGGUUAACCCGGAAAAGUGUUCAACUGAGGAAUCCUCCAAAAGAAGGCUUAAUUACAAUCUGGAAUCCCACUGAAAAACAGCGAGAGGAGCUCGCUGAGGGGCAUGCUUAUGAAGUUUCAGGGCUUGUGGCACAAAGCUCUGAUUCAAGCACCCUCUAUUUGCAAACCAGAGGAUCAACAUCGAAAUGGCAGCCCUUAUCUCCCACAGGAAUUCGACAACUUGAGCCAUUUUUUACUCCUCGAAGAUCAAUUUCAUUGUCUAAUUUUGGUGAAGUUCAUGUGUCUAGUGAAAUUGAUAUUGCUGCACUGGUCAUUUAUGUGGGAGAGCUGUAUACAGUAGCUCAUCAGAAGAAACAGUGGGUGUUUGUGACUGAUGGAUCCCGAACUGCAUUCAGUGAUUCCUUAUUGGCGAUUAGCUUCAGUUUAGCAAAUACUGAAAACGAACUGUUUGCAUCAGAACUUUGUAAUCUUGCGGGAUCAGUGGUAUGUUUCUUUAAUCUUAUCAAGAGAGACAGAGAUGGUAUAAAUAAUCUCUGGGUGGCUGAAGGGACAGAGAAUUCAACCUAUCACUUAAAUUAUGAUCAUCCACACUGCUCUCAUUUAAAAAGUUCCAUUGCUUUUCUCCAAAGCUGGGUUAAGACUUCUGGCUCGCGAAUCGAACCACUCAAGGGGAGAGUUUUGUCUAUUAUCAGCAACUCGGCACGAUAGCUGCUCAAGAAUGCUGCUGAUACUCUCAAGGGAUAUGUCUGGAUUUUAUCGACGCUUGAUCCUGGCAAUCCUGGCAUGGUGACUUGUCCUUCAUUCAAAUGUAAAUUCUGAUGGUUUACUGGUAGAAAAGUGAAACCAUUCCAGUGUUUGGUCUGAAUGGUGAAAGCUGACUAUAUUCACCUAGUGU